AUGGUGUCUGAUUUUUUUUACCCUCAACCGGGAGGAGUUGAGCUCCAUAUAUACCACUUGGCUCAAAGGCUUAUUGCGAGGGGACACUCAGUUAUAGUGAUAACACACGCCUAUAAAGAUCGGACUGGUGUCAGAAUCCUGACCAAUGGUCUUAAAGUGUACUAUGUUCCAUUUGUGGUGCUUUAUAGAGAGUGUACUUUUCCCACGGUGUUUUCUGCCUUCCCUAUUCUCCGAUACAUCUUCAUUAGAGAGAAAAUAGAUAUAGUACAUGGUCAUGGUAGUUUCAGUUCUCUGUGCCACGAAGCUAUUCUUCAUGGCAGUACUAUGGGUCUUAAGACUGUCUUUACUGACCACUCCUUGUUCGGUUUUGCCACUGUCGGCUCUAUUCUGGGUAACAAGCUCUUGAAGUUUACUUUGACAGAUGUAGGUCACGUGAUAUGCGUCAGCAAUACAUGCAAGGAGAACACGGUACUUCGGGCUUCUUUGGACCCUUCCACGGUAUCGGUGAUUCCUAAUGCUGUUGUGGCGGAUGAUUUUAUGCCUGCAGAUCUUCGUCCUUCUCUAGAGACCAUUACAAUAGUGGUCAUCUCAAGAUUGUUCCCCAAUAAGGGUGCUGAUCUACUCACCGCCAUUAUUCCUCGAAUUUGCAUGGAUCACCCUGAAAUUCGUUUUCUUGUCGCUGGUGAUGGGCCAAAGUUCAUUGAUUUGGAACAGAUGCGUGAACGGUAUCAGCUUCAAGAUCAUGUUGAGUUAAUUGGUAGUAUACGACAUGAGCAAGUGAGAGAUGUUAUGAUAAAAGGCCAAAUUUAUCUUCACCCCACUUUAACUGAGGCCUUUGGUACAGUUUUGGUUGAAGCAGCAUGUUGUGGCUUACUCGUUGUCACUACAAAUGUUGGUGGUAUUCCCGAGGUGCUUCCCAGUAAAAUGACUGUAUUCGCACAGCCAGAAGAGGAUUCUUUGGUAGAAUCUGUCAACGUUGCCGUGGGAAAACUUAAGAGGGGAGAAACUGACACCUCUUCAUUUCAUAAGGAGAUUGAAAAGAUGUACGACUGGUCUGAUAUAGCCAAAAGAUAUCGAUAA